CAUCCUGCUCCUUCUCAGCCAUUACUGCCUAUAAAGAGGGUAGUCCAAGCCUAGGCAUGAGCUGUCAAAACAAGAGCCCUGGGAGCUCUGGGAAUGCUCCUGAAAGUGCUCUCCUCCCACCUCCGAGGACCAUGGUCUCUUUGGCUUUCCUCUCCAUCCUCAUCAUUUCAGUAACUGGUUUCAGCUUUGAAACUAAAGAGUUUGCUAGAUAUGACAUUCCAAAUGCCUGCUGCCACUUUUAUGCCCACCGCCGGAUCCCAUAUAGCCUCGUGGUAGACUUCUAUGAGACCAGCAGCCUUUGCCACAAGCCAGGCAUCAUCUUCCUCACCCAUAAAGGUCACGAGGUCUGUGCCGACCCCAAAAGCAAGUGGGUACAAGAGUACAUCUUUAGGCUGAAACAGAAGCAAAAGACUGAAGAGUACCACUCCCAGAUAAAUCAUUUCUACGAAAGUAUUGGACUUUCUCCCCCUGAAGAAUAAAUAUGGUUUCUAAAAUAAA